UCGGGGGGCCCGCCCGUCCUGCACCCUGGAGCGCCCUGCCGCGAGCCUCUGCCAACUCCUCUGGCUCCUCGCGGCCGUGUGUAGCGGCUCCCAAACCUUUCCGCCCGAACGAGGACCCUCACCGCUGUGUUUGCCUAGUAACACUGGCUGUGCCGCUCACCCCUUGGGUAAAACGGGUACCCCAGAAACAUGGCAGAUGAAGACCUCAUCUUCCGCCUGGAAGGCGUUGAUGGUAGCCAGACCUCCCGGGCUGGCCACGAUGGCAAUUCUGACACAGACAGCGAUGAUGAGGAAGGUUUCUUUAUCUGCCCCAUCACUGAUGACCCCAGAUCUAACCAGAAUGCCAAUUCCAAGGUUAAUAACUACUACAGCAACCUAACAAAAAGUGAGCAGUAUGGGUCCAGCGGGUCCCCGGCAAGUUCCUUCCACUUUAAGGAAGCCUGGAAGCAUGCGAUCGAGAAGGCCAAGCACAUGCCCGACCCCUGGGCUGAGUUCCACCUCGAGGACAUUGCCACAGAAUGUGCGAUACGUCACAGGUACAACGCUGUCACGGGGGAGUGGCUGCAAGACGAAGUUCUGAUCAAGAUGGCGUCUCAGCCCUUUGGCCGUGGAGCGAUGAGGGAGUGCUUUAGGACGAAGAAGCUCUCCAACUUCCUGCACACCCGGCAGUGGAAGGGGGCCUCCAACUAUGUGGCAAAGCGCUACAUCGAGCCCGUUGGCAGGGAUGUGUACUUAGAGGACGUGCGUCUACAGAUGGAGGCCAAGCUCUGGGGGGAGGAGUAUAACCGCCACAAGCCCCCCAAGCAGGUGGACAUCAUGCAGAUGUGCCUCAUUGAGCUGAAGGACAGACCGGGCAAGCCCCUUUUCCACCUGGAACACUACAUUGAGGGCAAGUACAUCAAAUACAAUUCCAACUCGGGCUUUGUCCGUGACGACAACAUCCGGCUGACACCACAGGCCUUCAGCCACUUCACGUUUGAGCGUUCCGGCCAUCAGCUAAUUGUGGUGGACAUCCAGGGUGUGGGCGACCUCUACACCGACCCGCAGAUCCACACCGAGACAGGCGCUGACUUCGGAGACGGCAACCUAGGGGUCCGAGGGAUGGCUCUAUUCUUCUAUUCACAUGCCUGCAACCGGAUCUGCAAGAGCAUGGGCCUCACACCCUUUGACCUCUCGCCAAAGGAGAGGGACACCGUGAAUCAGAGCACCAAACUGCUGCAAUCAGCCAAGACCAUCUUGAGGGGGACAGAAGAAAAAUGUGGGAGCCCCCGAGUAAGGACCCUUUCUGGGAGCCGGCCCCCCCUGCUCCUUCGCCUUUCAGAGAACUCUGGAGACGAGAAUAUGAGUGAUGUAACCUUUGACUCUCUGCCUUCCUCACCGUCUUCGGCCACACCACACAGCCAGAAACUAGACAACCUCCAUUGGCCGGUGUUCUGCGACCUUGAUAAUCUGGCACACAGAGACCACGAUCAUCUGGACAACCAUCGGGACUCUGAGAACAGUGGGGACAGCGGAUACCCCAGUGAGAAGCGGGGUGAGCUGGAUGACCCAGAGCCCCAAGAACACGGCCACUCAAACGGUAAUCGGAGGUACGAGUCUGAUGAAGACAGCCUGGGCAGCUCCGGACGGGUUUGUGUGGAGCAGUGGAAUCUCCUUAACUCCUCCCGCCUCCACCUGUCGAGACCUUCGGCUGUGGCCCUGGAAGUGCAAAGGCUUAAUGCUCUGGACCUUGAAAAGAAAAUCGGGAAGUCUAUUUUGGGGAAGGUGCAUCUGGCCAUGGUGCGGUACCAUGAAGGCGGGCGCUUCUGUGAGAAGGAUGAGGAGUGGGACCGUGAGUCGGCAGUCUUCCACCUGGAGCACGCGGCCGACCUGGGCGAGCUGGAGGCCAUUGUGGGUCUGGGGCUCAUGUACUCGCAGCUGCCCCACCACAUUCUGGCUGACGUCUCUCUGAAGGAGACGGAAGAGAAUAAAACAAAAGGAUUCGAUUACUUACUGAAGGCAGCUGAAGCUGGCGACAGACAGUCUAUGAUCGUGGUGGCGCGAGCUUUUGACUCUGGCCAGAACCUUAGCCCAGACAGGUCCCGAGACUGGUCAGAGGCCCUGCACUGGUACAACACUGCCCUAGAGACCACAGACUGUGAUGAGGGUGGUGAAUAUGAUGGGAUGCAAGAUGAGCCCCGGUACAUGCUGCUGGCCAGGGAGGCCGAGAUGCUGUUUACGGGUGGCUGCGGGCUGGAGAAGGACCUACAGAGAUCAGGCGACUUGUACACAGAGGCAGCGGAAGCAGCUAUGGAAGCCAUGAAGGGCCGGCUGGCCAACCAGUACUACCAGAAGGCGGAGGAGGCCUGGGCCCAGAUGGAGGAAUGACUCGCUAGGAAAAUCAGGGCCGGCUGCCCCAAGCAAGGGCUAUAAGGGAGAGAGAGAGAGAGAAAAAAAAGGACUUAUUUAGUUGGGCGGGGGACGGGGGGCGGGGGCGGGUGUUCUUAGUGUGUUAUAAAUCAACUUUUGUAUUUCAUAUUUUGACUCUUGAAAAUUUGCUACCAGCAAAGACUACUGCUGCCCUUUAGGGCAGCAUUUUGGAGGAGUGGGGAAUGAAAAAGCAGCCUAAUGAACCAACAUAGGAUUUUGAGGGUUUUUUUUUUUUUUGGUCAUGCGAUGUGAGAAAGUGCGUUUCUUCCAUGGAUGGUAAAUAUUACGGCUUUGCUCACCUGCCUGUUUAGGCUGGACUGAAAUCUCAGGCUUACAGAGCCUUGUGUUUCCUGAGUCAGAAUGAGGAACGGAGCGCUGCACGCUAACCUUUUGAUGAUGUGCAUUGUCAGAACUUGGCAGAUAAGCCUCCUUUCCCAGAGCAUUUGGAAACCUCAUGGUAUUUUCCAGUGGAUGUGAGAUUGUAUGAUGCCCAAGUCCCCUUCUGCCAUGGGGGACCCUUACACUGAUUGUUUUCUAACCUUUUAGUUUAGUAUUUCCUUCCCACAAUGCCACAGGUGUUCUGGGAUUCAGCCAGAUUCCAUUUUUUAAUCAUGCUUUCUGCAAUGGGCUUUACUAAAGAGGUUUGAUUUUUGUAUGCACAUAUUUACUACCUCUAACCCCUACAUCAGCUAGUGUGGAAAUGGGUGCGUCUCAGAGCUUACACAUGGAAGGACAGUGGCUUGGAGUGUUGGAGCCUUUCCUCCCAGCAGACGCCAUCUCUGCAUCUCAGUGGCAGCAUGCACAAUGUGACAAGUGUCCUUUGUACAGUACUCCUCAAUGUUGUCUUAGCAUCUAAUGGCCUGUAGUAGCUGUUCCCCAGCCCUCAUCCUUGGCCUUUUCUGCUUGAACCUAGGCUGGUUUUCUUGUCCUUUGCAGCUGGAUGCUUUCAGCAGCAGCCCCUUGAGAAUUAUCUGAGAUGUUUGAGAAUGAGAGGGCAAGAACUAUAAACAUUCGUUAAUUCUAGUAGUUUCCCCAGGGCCAGGCUAUGGUUAUCCUUAUUUUAAUGAGCCUUCCCUUUAAAAGGAGUUCAGAUCUAACAGCAUGCUUUCAAUUGGGUGUUUCAAACAGCAAAGAAAAUAGACUGCAUUGAUCAGCCCUAAGUGCUAAAGAAGUCUUUGUUUAUUUAAAAGUCAAAACAUAAAAAAAGCAGUGUAGCAUAGAAAUCAUUCUUACCUGUUCAUUAAAACAGAUCCUUCAACACUUUAGUGUUAAGUGCUAUGGAGUCAGGAACCUGUGCAAUCAUUAGUUUCCAAAGUCCAGAGUGUGCCCAGAAGGAAAUUAUCAAGCAGAGUCAAGUUUACUCUUGAAAAAUCCCUUAAACCACCCAUCAAGUUCAGUAUCCCUGGUUUUUGCAUAUGGACUCAUCACAGCCAGUUUUCCUCUGGAAGUUAAAACUGAUCACCCUUUCUUCACCUGUACCAAAUCAAGUGGUUGGCUUGUGUUAAAUUUUUGGUUUUGUGUCUUUUUUUAAACUACCGCAUAUAGUUAACUUGCAUAUGUUAAAUGCAUAUAAAAAGCAACUUUAUUGUGAUUUGUCUCUUCCAAGUAAUCUAGCCUCAUAGUGUUUCAUGCUUUUUUGUUGUUUAUGAUUCACUAAGCCUCCUCUCUCUCUGGGAUUUUAUUAUGUGAAUAGUUGGUGUUCCCUAGUCACCUGUCUCAUUUCUUAGUUAUAUAUCAACUCUUUUCAUCUAACCCAGGGGAGGUCAGCAAACUUUUUUUGUAAAGGACCAGAUAGUAAAUAUUUUAAACUUUGCUGGCCAUACAGUCUCUGUCAACUACUCAACUCUGCCCUUGGUAGAGCAAAAGCAGCCAUUGUCAAUAUGUAAACAAAUGAAUGUGGCUGUGUUCCAAUAAAACUUUAUUUAUAAAAACAGGUGGCCCACCCAGACUGUGGUUUGCCAACCCGUUCUAACCGUUUUACCGAAGAUUGACUGAGAGCUACCAUAUUAAGCUCUGAGGGCAGAAGCUAUCUCAACUUUGUGGCCUCCAGGGCUCAAAAACACAGCACCUUGGCACAGAGUCAGCCAAAUGUGUGAACAAAUAGAGUCAGCCCGAAUCACUGCACUCUGUCUUUGAGGCUUUAGUUCCUCCAACCAAUUAGUGAUUCAUUUUGGGGAUUAGCUUGAACCAUCACUUCUACAAUUCCAACCCCACCCACCCACAUGGCCUUUAAUAUUAGUAGGCAGUCCCCUUCUCCUCCAGGAGGCUGGAAUGUCCUGGAUGUAUAACUAAGCAAAUGCUUCUUAAGAACCAUUAAGAGUGAAAAAAAAAAAAAAAGAAAAAAAAACGAAGUUAAAA